AUGUCGCUCCGUCUAGCUGUGAAACAAGGCCGGCUCCAGCACACGCUUGACGAGCUCGCCAAGAAGCUCCCCGACAUCCCCGGAGCCCGGCGCUGGCUCGUACGGGAGACCCAGAAGCUCGGGUGCAAUCCAGUGGUCGAUACCAUGGGUAAUCAGUUCUUCAUCAUUCCCGGACGCAACAAGGGACCACCCACCGCUAUUGGCUCCCACAUGGACAAGACGAGGGGUGCGUUGGGCAUCGCCGCUGGUCUCGAGGUGCUCCGUACGUUGAAAGAGAAUAAUGUCGUGCCUAAGUACCCCAUCGCUCUUGUCAAUUGGGUAAGGGUUCCCGGCGUGGUGUGUAUGGGUCUGGCAGUGUGGGCUGAGCUUGAUAUGCCGAUCUCGGGUGAAGGCGUCCAGUGUCUGUUUCAGGAUAAUCCAUUGGGUGCUCACUUUGAGCUUGAAGUGGAGCGAGGCAGCCAAUUGCGGACCAAUAACCGCCAAAUCGGUGUGGUGGUAGGAGGCCAUGCGAUUACGUGGAAACGGGUACGGCUCACUGGUCGAGCACAGCACACAGGGACGACAGCUAAACACUUACGCCUGGACGCGUUACUUGCAGCAGCAAAAAUGAUCAGUGGCGGGCUGGAAAUUGCCAAGAAGCAAGGUGGGUUAUUCAGUGUGGGACAAAUGCUAAAAGUGGAGCCGAAUCUCGUCAACGUUACUGCCAAUGUGGUCGAGUUUGUUUACGAUGCUCGCCACGGACUGGAAGCGGACUUGAAAGGCUUAGUGAGCUCAGUGAACCUGAUGUGCCACUUGAUGGCUCUGACAGAGAACGUCGGCAUUGAGAUCACUACCGUCACCAAUUUACCGGCGCUGAAGUUCGAUAGUGAGUGCAUUGAGUGCAUCGAGGAGGCGACGAAGGAGUUUGUCAUGUUAGGACACCGCAUGAUUCUGGGGCUGGGCCACGACUCGUGUGUCACCAGCAACCGGUGUCCGCUGGCGAUGGUGUUUGUCCCCGAUAUCGCCGAUGCCGAUUUGGGGUUCAAGGUGUUGCUCCUGUCAGUGCUCAAAUACGACCAACGCCGCCAACACUAA